AUGGUUGAACGUGAAAGUCUUCCCCAGCCGACAUGGCGACAAUUUCCUGCCAUGGCCAAGAUGGCUUCUGGUCACAUGACUGUAACUACAAACAUGGCGGAGUCCAGUGCCCCUGUGCUUUUCUUGAUCUGUGGCAUUCCCCGGAGGUUUCGCUCCGCUCAGUUGCGUCAUUAUUUCAGUCAGUUCACGGAAAGCGAUGGUUUUGUGUGUUUUCACUAUCGGCACCGACCGGAGCGGAGGGGACUGGCGCCUGAGAGGAGUUCCACCUGCUGCUGUCCGGUUAGGAUUAGGCCGGACAGGGCAGAGAGCUUCAUGAAGAUGUAUCACGGCAAGCCAUGGCUGGACCCGGCGGGGAAUCUGGUGCCAGGGUGGUGCCUACUCCACAGAGUCCGUAGCUCCCCGGAAGAAGACCACAAGGACUUUCCCUACAAGACUCGACGUGAAUUGCUGGGAGCCCAAUGUUCGGAGGAUGCAGAGAAACCUGUUACAUCAGCAGAGUUGCUCAGAAUGUCAGAGCUUAAUCCUCCGGCACUCAUGCCCCAAGGAAAUGUUGGUACCCCCCUGGGUGUAUUCUUGCAGCUAAUACGAUCGUGUCGUUUGCCACCCAAGCUCAUAACUCGACUGGGUCUGAAGUUUUGCCGUUCACGGCGGCGUUACAGCAGUGUCCCCUUUGUUUAUGAUAAAACAGAGACUUUAGUAAAAGGAGAGGGUGUUUACACUGCUAAUGGACAUGAGAUAAGUAAUGGAGGCAGCACUGGAUCAAAUAUUCUUACAUCGGAUGUUCCUCAAGAAGAGAAUGACACUCAGGAGCAAUCCCACUCUGAAGAUGACAAUGACACUUGUGAAGAAUGGGAGCGACAUGAAGCUUUACAUGAAGAUGUGACUUCACAAGAACGGAUUAAAGAACGUUUGUAUGAGGAAGAAAUUGAACUAAAGUGGGAGAAGGGUGGAUCAGGAUUGGUCUUUUAUACAGAUGCCCAGCUAUGGCAGGAGCAAGAAGGGGAUUUUGAUGAACAGACAGCUGAUGACUGGGAUGUGGACAUGAGUGAGUAUUAUGAACCUGGUACUGGAGAUAAGGAUGCAAAAGAUUUUCUGAAGAUGCGACUAGAGACAAGAAGGCGUGAAGGUCUAGACACAGCUAGAAAAAAACGUGACUUGGGUGGCUUUGAACAGCAUACAAAGGGAGUUGGACGAAAAGUAAUGGAACAUCAAGGCUGGACUGAUGGAGAAGGGCUUGGUUCAAGCGGAAGAGGCAUGCCAGAGGCUUUGGAGAAUGAAGGACAAAAUCCAAGAUGCAAAUAUGGCUUUGGGUAUCAUGGAGAAAAAUUGGCAACUUUCUGUCCAAAACAGAAGAAGCAAAAACAUUACAUUUCUACAGUGUAUGAUGAACCGCGAGUGGAAGACUUGGGGGAUACGUUAUUGCGUCGUCAGCCAUUUACGACUCUGAAACACCGCAACAACCAGAGCUCUCUUUAGAAGUUUAUGGACCAUAAACAUUACAAAAACAGACCGCAGUCUGGAUGCUGAAAACCUAUUUAGGGUGGCCAAACUGGAGCAUUGUAAUGUGAACAGUAAAAAUGAUCUAUCACCAUGAUAUGCUGCCCUCUUAAAGGACAGUAUAUUUUAGAAACUAUUUUAGUGUACUGUAAGACUAGAUGGUGCAAAGAAAUAUUGUGCAAUUUGGCUGACAGCAACAGAAUAAGGGUCUGCUGUAUUCAUGAGGGGAUCAAUUCUCCUUGCCCCCCUCAUCCUUAACUGAUAACUGUUGUAUAUCUGUCUUUCUACCUGCCUUUAUACACAGCAGCCAUCGAAUAUAAGGGGGAGGUAGUAAAAAUGUAUUAUGUCAUGCGCUUGCUGUAGUCUCUUACUUUAUAUUAAUCAAAUGGCACAGUAUUUGUGUCAUGCAGUCCUUAGAGCGGCAUAUCAUGUUGACAGAUGAAAAACUAUUAAAUAAAGACAACCCCUAUCAGUGUGCCUUACUAGGUUUCCCUCAAGCCCGCCAGACCUGCUGUGUACGAGCAAGACCCAUUUUGGCAGACUCUGGCUAUCCAAGUUUACAAGGAUAGUAAAAUAUCUGUAUAGUAAAUUGAUGGAGCUGUAUAAUGAAAGGGUUGUCUUUAAUAAGACAACCUCUGUAAGUGUUGCCUGGUUUUCUCUUUAUGCUGUAAAUGAAUAGACACUCAGGUUAUUUUAUACUGUUUUAUCAUUUGUAAUGUAUUUUUGCUGCAGAUUUACAUAUUUUACUUAUUUAUUAAAUUUGUGUGAU